CUCACAAUAGGGCCACUGCCACCACUCUUGGCGUGUGGGUCCGUGUCACAGGGAAUUCUCGCUUCUCCCGUAACAACAACACCACUACUCGCCAUACUAUCCGACUUCCUCCCCCCCUCUCUUCACUGGCCUUUGUACCUUUGUGUGGCCUCUUGGUCAUCUCCACUAUCUCGCACCCAUCACCAAAUUCACCAACUUCACCGCCACAACUUACUCCGACUUGUUCUCUCUCUGUGUGGUGCGGAUGAGCUUAUCAGGCUCCAAUCUAAAAAGUGAGUGAGCAGAGUUGUCGUACUUUUUUAUCGACCUUGACUUGUAUGGAUUCAUUUCCUUCCGUCGUGGUGUCAGUGUCUUUCUCCUGCAGCGUCUUGCUUAAACACUGCCGGCAGCAGUGAUGUGUGGGUGGUGGUGUCAAUUUCGACCAUCCAAAGAGUCGGUUGAUUACUAUGUACUCACCAGGGCAGACUUAGAGGUUGUCAGGUCAGGAGAGACUGCAUACUACUCUAGACUACGACUCGUCUGAAAUUUGGACCAUGAUACCAGUGUCUCAGCAGUGAGUGGAUUAUUUCAAUUUCAGAACUGAAAUAUCCGAGAUAAAACUUUCAUCAGGUAUAGUGCGAGAGUUGCACCUUGUGUAAACACAACACUUUGGGGCCUGACGUACGAGGAAGCUGUUUUAAUGGAAGAAGGGAGUGGGGCAUAAAAUCGGUGUGCUGUGUGUGGAUUUUACUAUAUUAUUUCCGUGCGUGCUGGAUGGAAGAAGUUGUUGUUUGUGACCAUAUACAUUCCGUCGUAGUGGGAUCAGUAGUAGGUGGUGGUAGCAGGAGAAGGAAGGAAGGAAGGGAAGGAAGUCUGAUGAUGACUUUGUGUAGCGGCGGAAGGAUGCUGCUGCCGAAGACGAAGAAGAAAGUGUUGUUGGAGAGAGCGAGCGAGGAGGCAGCAGAAUUGGACGACGACGAAGGAAUAUUAUUAUCACAGAAGAAGAAGGAGAGGGAUUCUUCCAAAGUACUCUGUUCGAGCCAUUGUGAUGGAGCAACUUCCCCAAAUCGCCUUAUUUUGUCACGAGGAAGGGCCUCACCUGGACCACGUCCUUCCUCAACACAUCCUCCCACACGUCGUCAAACUCCUCACUGACAAGUUCACUCAGGUGAGGAAGACGUCUCAAGCUGGUCUCUUGCUGCUGGUGGAACGAGGAAUCAUUGCUCCUAGUCAAGUGGAAGAGCAUGUGGUGCCCAUUGUGAUGGAGUUCACCAUGCCCGUCGCCCAUGAGGACUAUCGGACGGAGAUAACCCAGUUCAUGAGCAAGUUAGCACCGCUAGUGGGAAAGGAUAUCACCAUAAAUUGGUAUUUGGACCGAUUCUGCCACCUUUGCCACGACAAGUUAUUCCAAGUCAGGAAAGUGUGUGCUUCCAGUAUUGGAGAAAUGGCCACCGUCGUCGGUAUAAACCUAACGGAACACGUUCUCGUGAGCCAUUUUCGCUCCUUGUGUCAGGAUGAAGUUUGGGGGGUCCGAAAGGGGUGCGCAGAAACAAUCACAGUCUUUUCCAGUUGCUGUAAACCCAUGGUGAGGAAGGAGAUAUUAACCAAGGCAUUUGUGGAACUACUUCAGGACUCCUCUCGCUGGGUGAGAGUGUCGGCUUGUCAGUCAUUGGGACCAUUCAUUACCACAUUCGUCAGCAACCUUGGCACUUCUUCAGUCACCACCGAUUGUUCGGAAGCGGAAAAAUCAUUCCUAUCCACAUACAAAGCGGGCAAUUAUGAACGGGAAACCAGCACGGAUUCGCUUACCGAGUAUGAAAGACGUCUGCCAUCUUUGACACCUACCACCUCUGCCCUAGUCGCCCCAAAUAGCAACUCUACGCGAUUGAUAGCAAACAACGAAAGCAUUUGUGAAGAAGGAACAGUAGAUCAAAAUCAAAACACGAAAGGACCAUCACUGACCACGGAGCCUGCUCAAACGAGUCAAAGUACCGAUUUCAGUGUCAUGCCCAUGCCCAUGGACAUUGAUGACGUGGAGGAUAGCAAUUUUAGCGAACCGAAACUUUAUUCUACGGCUGUAAACUCAGUCACGUUGAGUUUUGAAGAGAAACGUAGAAUUGCAUACGAGCAGAAUGGCAACGAGGUAGAUGCCCAGGAAGAUGAUGAAGAUGAAGUCAUGAAUUACAACACCUACAAAUCAUCAGAAAAUAGUGACAAUCAAAAUAGCAUUGCUCAGGAUCAGUCCAAGGUUUAUGAGUCGAGUUCCGACAACGGGACUAAUGAUCAAUCAUCACCAACAAUGUUACAAUAUUAUGUGGGUCCUUCACCCGAGCUGGACUCAAAGGUGGAGAACUCGGAUGCACUUCUCCGAGUGGAAGUGAACAAGAAUCAAGAGACUUUAGAAGCUCCUGACGAGACGACAGAGUACGAUACUUGGCAGUAUUGGCGUGAUUCGAUUCCAGAAAUUGAUUUGAACGUCGAAGUGGGCAAGCUCAAAGUUGGGACUGAAAGGAUUGAUGCUCAAAUGGAAGUUGAUGCCCUGUUUGAGUCCGGCCUUUCAAAGUCUGGUGAGAUUGUAAUAUCCAUGAACACAACGUCUGGAAUGGGUGCUCAGGAUGACAAUAAUAAAACAGCGUACAUUAUGCCAGAUAUGCAGAUUCAUCGAAGCUAUAUGAAUUUAUUUAAUGCCACAAGUCGAGAGCAGGCAAUAUAUGGGUUUGAGUCUUUAAAGUUGGGGGAUGCCUUCGACGAUGAUGAUGAUGACGAGCAACUCAACGCAACCUAUUCUCUUGGUGAUGAGUACUCUGCACACUCGCUAUGGGGAAACAGAAACUGCAGGCCCAGACUGUUGACGGAUUUGCCAAAAACGAUUCCAGUGAUUCAAGAUAUUGUUCCAGAAAUCUUGUUGGAAAAUUUCACAGCCCUCUGUCAACAAAGUAAAGACCAUCAAAACACGGACAGUGAAAUACUUUCGUUUUGUGUGUACAAUUUUCCUGCCGUCGUUUUAACUCUGGGUCCCCAAAAUUGGUCGCUCCUUCGUGACUGCUAUGAAGCUUUGGCGUGCAAUGUGCAGUGGAAGAUUCGUUACACCUUGGCAUCAUCCCUUCAUGAGAUUGCUGGUAUUCUUGGACCUGAAUUAUCCGAACGGGAUUUGGUUCCAUUUUACAAUGCGACGACGAAAGACCUAGAUGAAGUUAGGAUUGGUAUUUUACGAAACUUGGCCAGUUUCAUAAAGGGUUUGGGAGGCGAGGCUCAGAGAAAAUGUCUGGAAACGCUGGAUCGAUUCGCAGUAACAGAAAACAAUCGAAAUUGGCGGUUUAGGUUGGAGUUGGCCGACCAGAUUAAAAAUCUGUCAGAAAUCUAUGAAGCUGAAGAGAUUUUUAAAGUACUGUGUCCUCUAACCAUGGAUCUGCUCUUGGAUCGAGUGGCUGAAGUGAGAAAGAAGGCAUUGAGUGUGAUUCCCUAUUUGGUGACGAGACUCAAUUACUCGUAUGCGGACCACCCCAAUGACCCGAGCAUUGUAAAGGAUUUUCUAGAACACCUCAUAAAAACUCUUGGUUAUAGCGAUGUGUGGGUGCGGCGACAAGCAUUCGCCACCCUUGCCGGCCAACUCGUUGAGAUUGGUGCCAUGUCACCACCACAAUUUGCUCAAAAUAUUCUACCUCCAUUCCUUGCUCUGAGCAAGGACAAAGUUCCUAAUGUUCGACUCAAGGUUGGCCAGUCUAUUGUGAUGAACAUUCUACAUCAAGAAUAUUUUGCUGACCCAUCAAACCCUGCCAACGAGCUUUUACAAGCAACUCUGAUUGAACUACAAGAAGACGACGACAGGGACGUUCGAUACUGCAGCCAAUUUCCUGAUGAAGAUUUUGAAUGUACAAAAUGACCUCAUCCGCUCGCUCAUGAUGAACCUCUACGUCGUCAGUAUACGCACACCAAUCACUAUCUGAUAUAUUUAUUCCAUGACAGUAAUUAUUGUACUCAAACUGUGUGCCAUAAUAUGUUUGAUACUUAACUUCACCAUUAGUUUAGUAUUUAAUAUUUAAAUGUGCCUACAAUUGUUGCUCAGUCACCAGCGCCGUUAGCCUCGUUAUAAAGAAGCGCACAAGUCCCGUGAACUGGAGAAAGUUGGUCAUGCACACUAGUUUAGUAAAUGAGGUACCACAAUUUAUGAAAGAACUGAAACACGCUUGUGAUAUUAAAUUUAUAAUACGAUUUCGGUGUCGCUGAAUCUAAUGUCUUUUCUACUUGUAUCCGAUAAUCUGCGCAGUAAUGAUUUUUAUACAAUUUUGUAGUUCCAUUUACAUGAACUAGUAAAAAAAUACACGAAAUUAUUAUCCAAAAAUGUUAAAAUAUACAAAAAGGCAAAUAAAACAAAGAAUAUAAUUGAA